AUGCCGAGACGGAGAAUUAGAGAUCUACCAGAUUUAGUUGAAGAUUCUGAUAGUGAUGAAGGUCAACAUAUUGAUGUAGCAUUCAUUCCUAAUGAAUAUGAAAGUUCAGAUGGAGAUUCGGACGGUGAUCCAAAUGAAGAUACGUUAUCAAAUGAAUUACCAUCAGGUUCUUACAAACAUGUUAAAAGUACAUACACAAGUACUCAAAAAUUGUUGGAACCGAAUCAUAAGUACAGUUGGAAAAAUGAUGCUUUGAAUGAUAUUUCCCCUCAUGUCGAGAGCAACUUCAAUAUUUCACCUAUUUCAUCAUUGCAAUCCAAAAAUGCUUUGGAGUUGUUUGAGGUUUUCUUUUCAAUGAAAAACCAUAUCCUUGAAGCCACUUCUGAAAAUCAUUUUGAUUUAUGUAUGGAUGAUCUAGAAAAAUUCAUUACAAUCAUAAUGAUUACUAUCUUCAAUUCUAGAAAAAGUAUUCGUGAUUGCUGGUCAAAAAAGCGAAUCCUUCAGUGUCCAGUAAUUGCGGAACUUAUGUCUAGAAAUAAUUUCGUUGCCAUAAAAAAGAACAUACGAUUCUAUAAACUUCAAGACACUGAUCAAAAUGAUAAAGUCUGGAAGGUUAGAACUCUGUAUGAUAUGUUUCGUGAGAAUUGUAUGCAAUUUGGUUUCUUUGACUAUAAUUUAUCAAUAGAUGAGAUAAUGGUAAAAUACUUUGGUAGGUUUGGUAUCAAGCAAUGUAUAAGGAAUAAACCCAUCAGAUUUGGAAUAAAAGAAUGGGCACUCUGUUCUUCUGAUGGGUAUAUAUAUGAUCUUGAUAUUUACACUGGUAAAUCAGGAAUCGAUGAACGAAAUCCUUUAGUUGCCGUUGGUUUAGGGUCUAGAGUGGUGAUAAAGUUACUUUCGACUUUAUUAGAAAAAACACAAAGAGAAGAACUGAAAAAAUAUCAUAUUUAUUUUGACAACUUUUUCACGAACCCAGAUCUUAUGAUACAUUUGAAAAAAAAUGGUUUAUCGGCGACAGGAACUGUUCGGCAUAAUCGUGUGAAAGUGAAAGUCGAAAUGCCAAAAAAAGCUGAAAGAGGAUACACUAUUUCAAUGCAUGAAGUGAAUUCAAAAUUGAAUUAUAUUACAGUUAUGGACUCAAAGCCAGUAUCGAUUCUCUCUUCGAAAUAUGGGAAUGAACCAAAAGUUGAAAUGCAGAGAUGGCAGGAAUCAUCGAAAAAAUCUAUUCUUUUUCCUCAUUGUUUCUCUAUGUAUAAUCAACACAUGGGUGGCGUCGAUCUACAUGAUCAACACUGUAAUGCUUUGAUGCCUACAAUUCGAAGUAAGAAAUGGACAUGGUGACUUGUAUUACGAUUCAUCCAAGCAUCCUUAGCACCUUAGCAAACGCUACAGUGAUUUACAAUAAGUUACAUCCAGACGAAAAAAAAAGGUUCCAAAGAUAUUGUUCAAGAUGUUUGUGAAUAUUAUAUUGACAAGUUAUCUUCCAAACGUCCCCCCAAACGACAGAAACAGAGUGAACCUUCAUCCCAAGAACACGUAAUGAAACAUGGAAGUCUUAGGACAUGUGGAAUUUCAACAUGUCGGACAAGAACGGAAUGGUAUUGUGAGAAAUGUUCUAUACCUGUUUGCAAAAGUCAUAAAGUAGGACACGGCAAUGAACAAUAAUUCAAUCCCACCGAACAUAUUUACAAUAAUUCAUGUGAAUAUUGAUGGAUAAAUACAAUAAUUAGCUUCAUUCUAUACGAUUUUUUGAAACACUCUCAGGAGGCCGAAUGUUUCUUCCUACAUUACAAUAACUAAUUGG